UCGGCGAAGGAGUGGUGGUGCACAUAUAGAGGGGCGAGAGGGCGCGGCUUGUCCAGACGCAAUCUGUCCCGCCGACGACGACGAUCAUGUCGCCAAAGUUUAUAUUUCUUUUUGGAUUCAUCUGUCUACUUGCCGUGACAGUAAGAGCCCAAGAUGACGAUGGGGGUGAAGGUGGAGACCCAACUGCAGAAGAACUCUGCCACGACAGGCCAGGGGAUGAAUACUUUCGUUUAAGUACAGAUGGAGAUUGUCGAGAUGUUGUGAGGUGCGACAAAGCAUCUGAGAUUGGAGUAACGAGGCUGGCCACAGUGAAGUGUCCAACUGGUCUUGCUUUUGAUAUUGACAGGCAGACUUGUGACUGGAAGACCAACGUCAAGAACUGCGAUACACUCGAAAAGCCUAGAAAAGUUCUACCAAAAUUCAAAACAGACGAGCCUGUUUGUCCCGAUGGAAAACUAUCCUGCGGCAAUGGCGAGUGUGUCGAUAAAGAAUUAUUCUGUAAUGGCAAACCCGAUUGCAAGGACGAAUCUGACGAAAACGCCUGCACUGUGGAGACCGAUCCAAAUAGAGCGCCCGAUUGUGAUCCAACACAAUGUAUUCUGCCCGAUUGUUAUUGUUCAGCAGACGGAACACGAAUUCCAGGGAAUAUUGAACCAUCUCAAGUACCACAAAUGAUAACAAUUACAUUUAACGGUGCAGUAAAUGUCGACAAUAUCGACUUAUAUGAGGAGAUAUUCAAUGGACAACGAGCAAAUCCAAAUGGCUGUCAAAUUCGUGGCACAUUCUUUGUUUCGCACAAAUAUACAAAUUAUUCAGCCGUUCAAGAUUUACAUCGUAAGGGACAUGAAAUUUCUGUCUUCUCAUUGACACACAAAGACGAUCCACAAUAUUGGAGUCAGGGAACUUAUGACGAUUGGCUCGCUGAAAUGGCCGGUGCACGAUUAAUUGUUGAACGUUUCGCCAAUAUCACCGAUGGAUCCAUUGUCGGAUUAAGAGCGCCUUACUUGAGAGUUGGAGGCAAUAAGCAAUUUGAGAUGAUGGCUGAUCAACUUUUCGUCUACGAUGCAUCGAUUACGGCAUCACUUGGUCGUGUGCCCAUUUGGCCGUACACACUCUACUUCCGUAUGCCGCAUAAAUGUAACGGAAACAGCGGAAACUGUCCCUCGAGAUCACAUCCGGUGUGGGAAAUGGUCAUGAAUGAAUUGGAUCGACGUGACGAUCCAACCUUCGACGAAUCACUCCCCGGUUGUCACAUGGUGGACUCAUGCUCCAACAUUCAAACUGGCGAACAAUUUGCAAGAUUACUUAGACAUAAUGCAUUCCGUCACAUUAAUUCGAACCGAGCACCAUUGGGAUUCAAUUUCCAUGCGUCGUGGCUCAAGAGCAAGAAAGAAUUUAAGGAGGAACUCAUCAAAUUCAUUGAGGAAAUGUUGGCGAGAAACGAUGUCUAUUUCGUCACAAUGGUCCAGGUAAUCAAGUGGAUGCAGACGCCAACGGAAUUAUCUGCAAUCCGAGACUUCCAGGAAUGGAAGGAAACAUGUGAUGAAAAGGGACAACCGUACUGCUCCCUACCAAAUGCAUGCCCCCUAACAACUAGAGAAUUACCUGGCGAGACCCUACGUCUUUUCACCUGCAUGGAGUGUCCCAACAACUAUCCCUGGCUGCUGGACCCGACCGGCGAUGGUUUCUCCGUGAAGAAAUGAGAGAGUUUCGAGGCCAUAGAAACGAUCGAAUCGAUCGUCGCAAAAUAAAAACCUCUUUCACAAUUUCAAAGCACUCAGUGAUGUCCUUACUAAAUAUCAAACUCGAGUAAUAACAUUUUUUUUUAUCAUUUUCCUCUCUAUAGAGAGGCACGUAGAAACUUUAAAAUAGAUUCCAUUUUUUCCAGUUUCAUUAAAAAAAAAAUCCACCAGCAAAUUGCAUUUUUUCCCCUUUAUAUAUUUUUGAUAUUUUCUCCCCUCUCUUUUUAAAGUUUCUACCUUUCACUUUGUAUAUUAUUUGGAUAUGGAUUUAUAUUCAAAUAGUAUAAAUAGGAAUUUUAUAAUAAAAAAAUCGAUUUUAAGAACUUUACCGAAAAAUAAGAGAACAAAGAGGGAAAACUACAGAAAAGUAAACGAAAAACACUUUUCUUUUUCAAACGACUUUGAACGUAGUUUUCUUUUCUAUAAAUUAGCAAAAAAACAAACAGUGAAUUUUUUUCUAUUCUAUAAUCACAAAGACGUUGUGCACACAUUCCAAAAAUGAACUAUAUAAAAAAUUUUGUUAUAUGAAUAUUAUUUUUCGAGAAAUCUCAAAGACUCGUUUUCCUCCUGAAGUACUAAGAAAAAAGGAAAUGAAAAAUUUUUGUUUGAAAAUGAUAUAUGAAUUCUACGAUCAAGAGAAAAAUAUCGACAUUGUUGAAAAUCAUUGAAAUUUAAUUCAGGAAAAAGACAUUUUUUUUAAGUCCCAGGAGGAUAUUAUAAUGUUAAGUUAUCUAUGUUAGUAUAUCUUGUGUGAGUGAAUGAAUGAAGUUAAGAUACAGUGUCCUAAGAUGUGUUGAAUUUUUAAAUCCGGACAAAAUGAAAAAUAAACAAGAUAUUUAUUUA